AUAGAUUUUCGAACGCGACCGGAAUCGCCAUUCGUGAGAGGCAAUAACGUUGUUCUCCUUCAAUAUCUUGCGUGAGGAUCCUUAAUCGACGAGAAACAUGACCAAAAAUAUGGUGAGGAAGCUGGUGGAGAACGGCGAUCAUCGCGGGGCUCAUGGACAGGCUUAUAAAGAUAAGAGCAAGCCCACAGAUAUUCGCAGCAGCAACAUCAACGCUGCCAAGGCUGUUAGCGAUGCGAUACGCACGAGUCUUGGACCCAGGGGAAUGGACAAAAUGAUUCAAGCUAGUAAUGGCGAAGUUACUAUCACGAAUGAUGGUGCUACUAUCCUGAAAGAGAUGAAUGUAGUCCAUCCUGCUGCAAAGAUGCUUGUUGAGUUGUCCAAGGCUCAGGAUGUUGAAGCUGGUGAUGGUACGACAAGUGUUGUUGUGAUAGGUGGUGCACUUUUAGAGGCGGCGGAACGCUUGUUGCAGAAAGGUAUUCAUCCCACUUCGAUUAGUGAUGCUUUUCAGAGGGCAGCAUCUAAAGCAGUAUUGAUUCUGACGCAUAUGUCGAUACCUGUUGACCUAACAGAUAAAGAGUCUCUUGUAAAGGUUGCAGCAACAUCUCUUAAUUCCAAGGUUGUGCAUCAACAAUCUAGCCUCCUUGCACCACUCGCUGUAGAUGCAGUAUUAAAAGUUACAGAAGAAGGAAAGGAAGUGUCGGUUGACUUGCAUGAUAUUAAAGUAAUAAAAAAGUUAGGAGGUACUGUCGAAGAUACUGAAUUAAUAGAAGGGUUGAUAUUUACUCAAAAGUCUUGUAAUGUUAAUGGUCCGAAACGUAUCGAGAAAGCUAAAAUUGGAUUAAUUCAAUUCUGCAUUUCACCACCAAAAACUGAUAUGGAUCAUAAUGUUGUUGUAUCUGACUAUGCGGCGAUGGAUCGUGUCUUAAAGGAAGAACGUGCUUACAUAUUGAAUAUCAUCAAACAGAUCAAGAAAACUGGUUGCAAUGUACUCCUCGUGCAAAAGUCAAUCUUGCGCGACGCCAUUAGCGAUCUCGCGAUACAUUUCUUAGACAAAAUUAAAGUUAUGGUGAUAAAGGAUAUAGAGCGCGAGGACAUUCCCUUCGUUUGUAAAACACUAGGUUGCCGGCCGAUUGCGUCGCUGGAUCACUUUGUGGCUGAAAAUCUUGUUAACGCGGAACUUUGUGAGGAAGUGCAAACCGGAAAUUCGAAAUUUGUCAAGGUCACAGGAAUUCAAAACCACGGAAAAACGGUCACGGUUCUCGUGCGCGGUAGCAACAAAUUGGUUGCUCUGUGCGUUAUCCGAUGUUUGAUGAAACAAAGAGCGCUGAUCGCUGGUGGCGGUGCACCGGAAAUCGAAUUGGCAAUAAAGUUGGGAGAGUACGCAGUGACCUUAGGCGGGGUUGAUGCAUACUGUAUCAAGGCCUAUGCAAAUGCACUUGAGGUGAUUCCGUCGACGUUAGCCGAGAAUGCGGGUUUGAAUCCGAUAGCAACAGUAACUGAACUUCGUAAUCGACAUGCGAAGGGUGAAAUAACAGCGGGAAUUAACGUUCGAAAGGGUGCCAUUACCAAUAUAUUGGAGGAGAACGUAAUUCAACCAUUGUUGGUUUCUACCAGUUCGAUAACUCUCGCUUCCGAAACCGUACGCAGUAUAUUGAAAAUCGAUGACAUUGUCAAUACGAAUCAAUAAAUCAAGAAAUGCGAUUUAAAAUUCAUUCUUUAUUUACAUAGCAUAGUAAGUACAAUUAACAAUAACAAUAUAUAUCGUAUACUUUGUUGUAUCUACGCGUUAUCGAUAUAUGCAACUUGAUUUUCGUUACAGAUUUAGAUUUUCCAUGUUCAUCACAUUCGUUUGAUUGGUUUUACAAAAGCCUAUUUAACAAUUAAAUUCGUAUAUGCUUUUUGCAAAAGCUUUAUAUGAUGUAAUAUUUUUUAAACGCGUUAAUACUGAAAAUAAUAAAAAGUUUACGAGAUAUCAGUAAUUUAUUAUUUUAGUAUAUAUAACAAAGCAUAGAUGUAAGUAGUAUGUUACAUUGUGUUGUAUUUGUGAGAAUUUUUGCCUCAAGAAAAAAUCUUCAAUUUUCCUGACUUGUUAUUAAAAGGAAAAGGUAGUUAAACCCUAAUACCUACAAAACUUAUCUUGUAAAUCUUAAUAUUUGUAUACUUGAGAAAGAAAGAUAUAUACAUAA